GCAUUCACACUUGCUUACAUUUCUCUGAACUGCAGCGGCUUUUCGGCUUGUUACCACAAGCACACAGCUCUGGUUCUGACUGAACUGACCGACACCCCCUUAGUUUGGAACCUGUAAUUUUGCAAGCAGGGCUUACUUCCGCCAGUAGGCAGAUGCUGUGGACCUGGGCGCGCGCUAGCGCCUGCAGUGGCGGCGGCGCGGCGCAGCGCUGGCGACCCGAGCACUGCGGUUCACGCCAGGAGAGGUGCUGCUGCGCGGCGGCGCAGGACCUUGCGCAGGACCUGGCGGCGGCGCUGGCCCUGGCAGCUGCGGCGGCGGCGGUGGCCCUGGCAGCUGCGGCGGGGGCGCUGGCCCUGGCAGCUGCGGCGGGGGCGCAGGGCCUGGCAGCUGCGGCGGGGGCGCAGGGCCCGGCGACUGCGGCGGCAGCGCAGGGCCUGGCGACUGCGGCGGUGGCGAGCAGGACCUGCCGGCGGCGUAGGGCCUGAGCCCAGCAGUGGCGGCGUGCAUUUGCGUAGCAGAGGGGGCAGGCAAGGCCACGUGGAGGAGAGCCGGCGCGCAGGUUGAGACCUGCCGGUCUCCGGUCUGCGGUCUUUGCGACUUUGCUGGCAAGCAUAGCAUAGCAAAGCGUGUGGUAGAAUGUAUGUGGUUGUCCUGUGCCUGCUGUGCAUGUGCUUGACAGCAGGACCCGGCUGACACAGGGCUUGCAUCUUUGGGGCUUGCAUCACCUGGGUUCAAUUGCCGCCACAGCGGGUCUAACUAAGCCGGAAGCCGGGGCAUGCUGCGGCCUGCGGGGCAUGCUGCGGGGCAUGCUGCGGGGCUCUGUUUAUGUUGGAGCGGCGAAGUCAGGACGCCAGGUUUGGGGCGCUGACCAGUGCCUGUACGAACGAACCCCGGCUACGUCCGGGAGAUGAGGUAGUUUCGAAACCAUCGGCCUCAGGCACUACACCAACGUGGCGUGGCGUGGCGGCACAGCGCUGGUGGAGAUGCUGCUGGGGCACAAGCGACCUGCAUCGCUGCAGACUGGCGGCGGCGGUGGCGGCAGCGGCGGUGGUGGCGGCGACGGCGGCGACGGCGGCGGCAGCAGCGGGGGCGCGUGCGCGCAUCUUGGUAGCGGAGGGGGCGGGAAAGGCCACGUGGAGGAGGAGAGCGCAGCGCCGCCCAGGAAGCGGCGCAAGCGCGCAGGCUGAGGAGCCGGUUGGCGGUGUCUAGGUAGCGGUCUGCGGUGGGGCUGGCCAGGGCAUGCGUAGCGGCAUGACAAGUAGUGCGGCUGUUGACAACUGUGCUGCGUAUGGCUCGCUGCGGUUGGCUCUGCUGUGGCAUCGCGAUUGCUAGGCACCUGGGUUGGCUACGUGCCUGUGGAAACCGACCCCGGCUAUGUCCGGGCGAUGAGGUUGUUCGGCCUCAGACUGUGGAGGGGCUCAGCCCCUUUUCCC